AUGCCCUCUUGGGCCCUCUUCGUGGUCACCUCCUGCCUCCUCCUGGCCCCCCACAGCCUGACACAAGUCACCAGCCAAGAUGUCUCCUCGCUGGCCCUGGGCUCAGAGCCGCUGAACUGCUUCUCCCGAACAUUUGAGGACCUGACUUGCUUCUGGGAGGAGAAACGGGCAGCGCCCAGUGGGACGUACCAGCUGCUCUAUGCCUACGCAGGGGAGAAGCCCCGUGCCUGUCCCCUGAGUGCCCAGAGUGUGACCUCCUUGGGGAUCCGAUACAUGUGCCAGUUUCCAGCCCAGGAUGAAGUUCGCCUCUUCGUCCCGCUGCACCUCUGGGUGAAGAACGUGUUCCUGGACCAGAAUGUGACCGAGCGCGUGCUCUCUGUGGAGAGUGUGGGCCUGCCGGCUCCCCCCAGCAUCAUUCAGGCUGCGGGAGGGGGACGGCCCGGGGAACUUCAGAUCACCUGGGAGGCCUCAGCCCCAGCCAUCCACGAUUUCCUGAGGCACGAGCUCCGGUAUGGCACCGUGGAUCCCAGGAACACCAGCAGCCCGGUGGUCGUGCAGCUGCUCGCCACAGAAACCUGCUGCCCCACCCUGCAGUGGCCGCACCCAGCCGCCAGUCUGCAGCAGCCUCCAUGUGCUCCACCCCGGGCACCCCAGCAGGACGGACCACGGCAGACCGCCCCCACUGGAGAAGCCCCAUCUGUGACAGCAUCGGGCGGAAGCUGCCUCAUCUCAGGGCUCCAGCCUGGCAGCUCCUACUGGCUCCAGCUGCGCAGCCAACCUGACGGGGUCUCCCUCCACGGCUCCUGGGGCUCCUGGUCCUUCCCCGUCACUGUGGACCUUCCUGGGGAUGCAGAGGAAAUUGGACUACAGUGCUUUACCUUGGACCUGAGGAAUGUUACCUGUCAGUGGCAGCAGCAGGAGCAUGCUAGCUCCCAAGGCUUCUUCUACCACAGCCGGGCACAGUGCUGCCCCAGAGACAGGGGCCCCAUGUGGGAGAAAUGUGAAGAGGAGGAGACAACAGAUCCGGGAGCACAGCCCCCCGAGUUCUCCCGCUGCCACUUCAGGGCACGAAAUGACAGCAGGGUUCACGUCCGUGUGGAGGUGACCACAGCCCAGGGUGCUGUUCACAGCUACUUGGGCUCCCCUUUCUGGAUCCACCAAGCUGUGCUCAUCCCCACCCCAAACCUGCACUGGACGGAAGUCUCCAGCGGCCAGCUGGAGCUGGAGUGGCAGCAGCCGUCCCCCUGGGCAGCCCGAGAGACCUGCUAUCAGCUCCGAUACACAGGAGAAGGCCUGCAGGACUGGAAGGUGCUCGAGCCGCCCCUCGGGGCCCGGCGAGGGACCCUGGAGCUGCGCCCGCGCUCUCGCUACCGCUUACAGCUGCGCGCCAGGCUCAACGGCCCCACCUACCAAGGCCCCUGGAGCGCCUGGUCCAGCCCGGCCCGGGUGGAGACCGCCUCGGAGACCGCCUGGAUCUCCAUGGUGACCGCUCUGCUCCUGGUGCUGGGCCUCAGUGCCCUCCUGGGCCUGCUGCUGCUGAGGUGGCAAUUUCCUGCGCACUACAGGAGACUAAGGCAUGCCCUGUGGCCCUCACUUCCAGACCUGCACCGGGUCCUAGGCCAGUACCUUAGGGACACUGCGGCCCUGAGUCCGCCUAAGGCCACAGUCUCAGAGAGCUACGAAGAAGUGGAACCCAGCCUCCUUGAAAUCCUACCUAAGUCCUCGCAGAGGACGCCCUCGCCCCUGUGUUCCUCCCAGGUCCAGCUGGACUACCGGGGAUUGCAGCCUUCUUGCUUGGGGACCACGCCCCUGUCUGUAUGCCCACCAAUGGCUGAGCCAGGGACCUGCUGUACUACCCACAUCGCCAACCACUCCUACCUCCCACUAAGCUGCUGGCAGCAGCCCUGAGGACAGGGCCCUUGCUCCUAGUACCCUGGACAGAUCCCAGCCCUGUAGACCUGUCUGUGAGCCUCCUGACAAUAACACCCCCACCCAGCACACAACACACCUCUCCAACACAAACACCUUGCUCCUCCAUCUACCCUCCUACUUGGGCUUCCUGGCAUUGCUCUGUCCACAUGGCUGCUGACAUGAAUCCAGGUUCCUUUCUCUGCAGGCAGGCUCAUCCGUCGAAGCUCCUCUAAGAUGUACCUUCUUUCUCUCUCCUUUUUAAUAUCAGAGUUCUUCCCACUUACACACUCUUCAGAUUACUUCAAUUAGUUCCCCUGCUGCUAUUUUGCUAAUGAAGCUGCCCAGGCAGCGUUCACCUCAAAUCUCCUAAUUGCAAAUCCAGUAGGAUCUUGUUAAUCAUCUAUUUUUUUCUCUCUGUGGCCUUCAUUAUGGUGACUACUCGUCUGUCUUUUACAUUUGCUUCCACUUUGGCUUCCAUAACUUAAAUUUCUCUCCCGGCUCUGUUCCUGCCUCUCCGAAUAUACCAGUAGUUAGGAAAACAAACUCUGGAGUCAGAGUUAUGUUUCACACUUGCCAGAUGUGCAAAUGAGGGCAAAUACUGUCUUUGUGCCUCCAUUUUCUUGUCCAUAUAACAUGGAUGAUAGCAUACCCGUAGACUUGUGAGGACGACUGAGAUAGAAUCUAAGUAAAGCACAAUGCCUGGGACAUAAUAAGUGCUUAAUAUAUUUAAACUACUCUUGUUGUUAUGCUGUCUUAAUCUCAUAUUCUGUCAUUCCUUCCACUCCUUAAACAUUACAGACUUUCAAGAUUCCACACUUAACACAGUCUCCAAACUCCAUUCCUUACCUUUACAAUCUGUUGACCAUUCCAAAGUUCUUACCUCUGGCUCAAACUUCUACUACAACCCCCGUGAUGGUUUAUAUAAGUAAGUUUUUACACAUCUGUCUCCAUUACUAGGUUGUGAGCUCCCUGAGGGCCAGGGUCAUGAUGUCUUUGUCCUUUUCUCCCCCUCCCUAGGACCUAGCGUAGUGAUGAC